AGUUGAACUGUCAUCAUGUCUGGAAGAGGUAAAGGCGGUAAAGGACUCGGAAAAGGUGGCGCCAAGCGUCACCGCAAAGUGUUGCGUGAUAACAUCCAGGGAAUUACCAAACCCGCAAUCCGUCGUCUCGCUCGCCGUGGCGGUGUCAAGCGUAUUUCCGGUCUGAUCUACGAGGAGACUCGCGGUGUGUUGAAGGUGUUUCUGGAGAACGUUAUCCGUGAUGCCGUCACCUACACUGAACACGCCAAGAGAAAGACCGUCACUGCCAUGGACGUUGUGUACGCGCUGAAACGACAGGGACGAACUCUGUACGGAUUCGGAGGAUAAACGACUUUAUUCAGGAGAAAUCCGACAAACCCAACGGCUCUUUUAAGAGCCACACACAAUCUCACAUAAAGAGUUAAAGCGGUAGAACUUGUUUCAUUAGAUUAAUUGUUACAUAUUGUAUUAUAUUAUGAAGUUGUUCUUUGGAGAUCUG